UUUAUUUGGUUUCAAUACAAUAGUACACUUUUUCUAUUGUAUUGGACCACAUUACAAUACAUAUAUAAACUCUUCAAUACUUAGCACUUUUUUUUAUUCAAAAACACACACACACGCAUACAUAUAAACAUUCAUUUACAUUUAAAUUAAUUUGCAUCACUAUGGCAAUUAGACUCAUGGCUAUGAUGUUUGUGUUGCAUAUCAUUUUGCUAUUGAAUGCAAAUGUUCCAUCAACAUAUGCUCGAUUAUUAGGUAACAAAACCAUGUCCAAGGAGAAGGUAAUUAGGAGAUAUCUUGUAGAAAAUGGACUUGGUUUGACACCCCCCAUGGGGUGGAGUAGCUGGAAUCAUUUUGGGUGUGAUGUUAAUGAAAGUAUAGUUCGUGAAACAGCUGAUGCAAUGGUGUCAUCAGGACUUGCAAAUUUGGGGUACCAUUAUCUUAAUUUAGACGAUUGUUGGGCCGAGCUCAAUCGAGAUUCAGAGGGAAAUAUGGUUCCCAAUACUGCAACAUUUCCCUCAGGAAUGAAGGCUUUAGCUGAUUAUGUUCACAACAAAGGUUUAAAGUUGGGGAUUUACUCAGAUGCUGGAACUCUUACUUGUAGUAAACGCAUGCCUGGAUCACUGGGACAUGAAGAACAAGAUGCUAAAACAUUUGCUUCUUGGGGAAUUGACUAUUUGAAGUAUGAUAAUUGUGAAAACAAUGGUAUAAGCCCUAAAGAAAGGUACCCGCCAAUGAGUGAAGCCUUAAUGAAAUCUGGAAGGUCAAUCUUCUUCUCAAUGUGUGAAUGGGGAUGGGAAGACCCAGCAACAUGGGCAAAAAGUGUGGGAAAUAGUUGGAGAACAACAGGUGAUAUUGAAGAUAAUUGGAAUAGCAUGACUUCUAUAGCAGAUUCAAACAAUAAAUGGGCAUCGUAUGCUGGACCUGGAGGAUGGAAUGAUCCUGACAUGCUUGAGGUUGGGAAUGGAGGCAUGACUACAGAAGAAUAUCGUUCACAUUUCAGCAUAUGGGCUUUAGCUAAGGCUCCUUUAUUGGUUGGUUGUGAUAUUCGUGCAAUGGAUAAUACCACAUAUGAAUUAAUAACUAACUCGGAAGUUAUUGCAGUAAACCAAGACAAACUAGGAGUUCAAGGAAAGAAAGUGAAAAGUACUAAUGAUUUGGAGGUUUGGGCAGGUCCUCUAAGUGAAAACAAGCUAGCAGUUAUUUUAUGGAAUAGGAGCUCAUCAAAUGCAACGGUAAUUGCAUCCUGGUCUGAAAUAGGCCUAGAACCAGAAGCCAUUGUUGAUGCAAGAGAUUUAUGGGAGCAUUCAACUCAAUUGUUUGUUUCAAAAGAAAUCUCCGCUGAAAUAGAUUCUCAUGCUUGUAAGAUGUAUGUCUUGACACCCACGAGCUAGUUUCAAGUGGAAGAGCUGAAGUUAUUGUUCAAUCAUAUUAAUUUUCAAUAAGAUGUGCUAGAAUAAAUUCAUAUAUAUGUUGGAUUAAUGAUGCUAUAUGUGUUUGUAAUUUUGAUGCAUUAAGACGAUCUUAAUAUCAUGGAAA